CCCCAGGGCAGGAAAAUGAAGGCUUCACGCUGGCCGGGCUGCUGACAUACCAGGGGAUGAGCCCCAUCCUGGAGGGUGCUGGGCAGGUGGAGGCGCCCGAGUGGGACGAGAUCGGCCAGACCAGGAAGCAGGCGCAGGAGCCCGGGCGGCCCAGCUACCGUGUGCUCUCUCCGGUGGUGUCGGCCUUCAUCAGUGACCCGAACCCCCAGGCACUCGGCCUCUCCGUCAGCAUCCGCUUCAGCCACCCAGUGCCGGAGUCCAAGGCUGACCUGCGCCUCCUCUGCGCCUACUGGGAGCCUGACAGCAGGCGCUGGGCCACCCACGGCUGCACCCUGCAGAACUUGACCACCAACAUCACCCGCUGCCAGUGCAACCACCUGACCAGCUUCGCCGUGCUCAUGGCCUUCUACGAGGUGGAGGACUGGACCCUGGACGUCAUCACCAAGGUGGGGCUGGUGAUCUCGCUGCUGUGCCU